GCAGGCUGGCGUAGCUGGGAGUCGGGUACUUCCCAGGGAUUUUGCCCAUCUAUAACGAAAGUCACCACUUCGUGACGCGAAAGCGUGUGAGGAACAGCACAAGGUGGGACAAAAGAACGCUACCGACACACACGCAUACAGACGCGCGCGCGCACACACGCACACACACGCAUACACACACACACACACACUCGCAUACUGCUUUCCUGGGCUGUGUAUCAUCACUCUGAAAGAAGAAGACGCCUCUCCUAAGGACUAGACCUAAAGUGUGUUUUUACUCAAGCAGGAUGGGGCCAUUCCAGGAUUACAAAGUGAAGAAGUCGUUUGGAAAGGACAGCACUCGUAGCCGCAUCCCCCGUCUCAUGCUUCAACCUUUUCAUCCCAAGGAUUCGCAGAUUUCUCAGUUUCCAUUGUCUGAGGAUGAAAGCAAAGACUGCGACAUCAGCAGAAAACAGAGCAGAACCAUCAGUCCUAACAGCUUCUCAUCAGUGUUGACGUGUGCUCGCCUGGUUUCAGAUGACACUGGAUGUCCAAGCAGUCAGUGUCCAUCUCCAGCUAAAAUCAGAUCUGGCUCAGACAACAGCUCUCUGGGGUCACCCAUACCAGUGAAGAGCAAGGCCAAGGUCAAGAGGGUCAGAGUCAAUGUGGUGGCUGAGUGUAACGGCAUUACACAGAAGCACAACAGGGAGCAGCAGCAACCCGCUAUUCUGCACAGAGGCAGUGAGGCUGACUUCAGCUCUUCCAGCAGCACUGGAAGCUUCAAGAGCCGUGGAACUAUGGCCAACAGCUCCACUGGGAAAAAGAGCAGCCUUUCACACAGUCGCGUGCCGCACAUCAGAAGCCAGCCCGUGUUUAAACCUCCAGGAAGCCCUACUGCUCCCUGUGAUGCAGAACUGUAUGCCCCCUACAGAACGCCCCCCAAAAAACCCCUUUCCUCAUGCAUCAGCAACAAUUCUAACCCCACUGUCAGAACCACUCCAGGGAGCUACCGUUCAUGUGGUGACAAUCAUGGCAUCAGACCACCCAAUCCAGAGCAAUACCUGACCCCUCUACAACAAAAAGAGGUGACAAUCCGGCACUUGAGGACCAAGCUCAGGGAUUCUGAGCAAACCGUCUCUGAUCGGGAGUCUGAAAUUCAGGAGUUGAAGUCCCAGCUGGGCCGGAUGCGUGAGGACUGGAUCGAGGAAGAGUGUCACCGUGUGGAGGCACAGCUAGCUCUCAAGGAGGCACGUAAGGAGAUAAAACAGCUACGGCAAGUAGUUGAGACCAUGAAGAACAGUCUGAUGGAGAAGGAUAAAGGCAUUCAGAAGUAUUUCAUUGAUAUCAACAUCCAGAACAGGAAGCUGGAAUCCUUACUGCAUAGCAUGGAACUGGCGCAAAGUGGUGCCAACCUGCAUGACGAGCCCACACUGGACUUCAUAUGUGACUCUCCAGAAAAGCCCUCUGAAGGGAAGGAGAAAGAAGAGCUGCAGGUUCAGGAUCAGGCAGAGAAAGAGAUGGCAGACAGUGGGUUACUGGUUAAUGAUGAGAUGGCCAACCAGAUGGACAUGCUAGAGCAGGUUCUCAUGUCUACAGCUGUGGACUACAGCCAAGAUGGUAGUGGCAAACUCAUGAGCCACCCGGGAGUGUCCUCUCUGAUACAGUGUGCUGCUGAGGACAGUGUGAAGAGCUCUAAAGAUCAAAUCCACAGUCAAAUCACUGCUGAUGAGCAACAUACUUCUGGUGAAAAGGCAGUCCAAACAGAUGAGACCUUCUAUAAUCCUGAUCUCCAAGCCUUGCUUUUACAUCUGCUGAAGCUUCAAAACACUGGGCUGUCUUCAAAUGUUUUCCAAAAGUUACCCAAAGCACAGGAAUCCAACAUACCCCAAGCAGAGGAACCAAUCAAAGACAAAUUGUUGUCUCAAGCUCAGAAUCCCAACCUGAUGGAGGGGAUGGACCACAUUCCCUAUAAUCCUGCACUUUCUACAUUGCUAAUUCCACAGGACCCUGGUGGUUCAACCCAGAGUUCAGAACCUGAAGUGGAUCCAGGGUUCAUGGAAGAGCUGGACUUUGGCAUGAAGGAUACUUGCAGCAGUGUUAAUACAGCUGUGGUGGGGAAAAGCCACUGGAGCAACAGCUUCUUGGUUGAUCUGGUUGCUGUGGCAGCACCUGUUCUUCCUACGGUGGCCUGGCUGUACUCUCAGCACAAUGCAAUUGAUGGGGCACCAGUGUACAACAUUGCAGCUUUAAUCCGUGGCUGUUGCAUUAUGGGAUUGCACUCUCUUCGCCUUGUCACCUAUGGGCCACACGUGUGAUGGUCUUUCACCUUUAGGCACAGCUAACAAGAGCACUUAAUAGAUUUAAAGAAGUUUGUUUUGUGUAUGUGUGUAUAAUCGGUACAUUUUUAUUUUUAGUUCUGCCACUUUGCACUGUGUAUAGUUGCCAUAAUUGUACGGCAAGUUAACUUGAAUGGAUUUAUCUUUGUCUUGUUUAUUUCGCACAAGUUGUAUUGCUCAUUGCCCUGAUGUGAUCAUCUGGGUAGGUGAUCAUGUUAUUGUACUGUCUUUUGCCAGCUAGUCCAUUUCUUGUGUGUAGAAAUGGCAUUAACUGUUGGUGAUAAUGUUCUUGUUCCCAAAGGAGUAGCCCCUCAGCCAAAGCUUGUUCUGUAUUUGUUUUUGUGAAUUUGUCUCCAGCAGUGGAGCAUUUUACAUGUUUCUCUUUGUGACCUUGCCGACUCCCUAAACAGUCAAUGCUACAGUACCUAUGACCCUUUCGUGCCUGAGCAAUGUGCAAUAUUUAUUUGUAUUAGACAUGUUAAAUAUUUAUUAAAGCAUGAUUAUCCCA